UCAAGCUCUGGCCUUUCUCGCGCCAGCACGCGUCCGCGGUGGUGUUUGUUGUCUCUUGUGCCCAACAAAAGGAUCCACAAAGUGGCCUCAAAGCGCCACUUAACUCUCCUUGGCAAAUAUGAAAGUGUCUUGGCUUCUCUCUGCAUCGCUGCUGCUCGCCGUGGUUUGCAUAACAUCGUGUGCAAGUACAAAUGGUACAGCUGAGCUCGUCGGUAAAGGCAGUCGCGUGGCCAAGAAUGCGCCAAAGUCCGCGGCCGGGGCGCCAAAGGAGUCCGAGAAGAGUCACAAGGGCGGUCAGAGGCUGGCCAAGCAGAUCAAGAGUGACGCAAAAACCAGCGACAGCCGAGUCGUGGUCAGCACGGUGAAGCCCAACAAGAAGACGCGCAAGGCGGAGAAGACGGAGCUGAUCUGCCCAAAGAAUCCGGAAAAGCACGUCGGGUGGUUCGCGCUGCCCUGCACCAAUGACAAGUCCUGCCUCAUCAUGGGCAAGAAGCACGUGUGCUGCAAGGUCAACAGCUACAAGAGAUGCAUUCAGGGCGUCCCGAAAUCCUCAAUUCCCCUGCGAAACACAGUCAGAAACUCAAUCGUUUUCCUCCCCCAAACAGCCAUUCUCGGCCUCAUCCAGCAGCGAUGCCCUCAAACGCCCCUCGCCGAGCUCUUCUGGGAGCUGAAGACGUGCGACACAGACGCCGAUUGCUGGCCACGAGUGUGCUGUCCGGAUGGCCAGAAGAAGUACUGCCGCAGCGCCACAGUUGAGCUCCAGAAGUCCGACAUUCCCUUCGCGCGCUCCCUCGCCAAUCCACUGGAGGCCAUGUCGGGCUACAUCCAGUGCACGCCGCCGCCGGCGCCCAGCUUCGAUCUCUUCCCGAAGCCCUGCAACAACACGCUGGACUGCUUCCCCAACGUGUGCUGCCAGGAGAAGGGGCGCAAGCACUGCCGCCCACCCAAGCGCUCCCUCCUCGCGCUCCUCACCACCAUGACGCAGAACGUGAGCGCGCAGUGGCUGAAGGAGUGGGCCUCGAAUCUCGUCAUCCCCUGA